GCAGCGAUGGGGGCCGUGGCCAAGCCCGGGCCCGGGCAGUAUCAGAGUCCGGCUGGAGGGAAGUACCAGGACCCCUGCCUGCCGGAAGAGCAGCUGCCACCGCUGUCCGGGGGGAAUGACAGAGCCGCCUUCUCCAGGCCCCCUUGAGGAGAAAGCCAUCCCACCCGCAGGCGCGGGCCAUGUUCAGCCCCAGGGAGCUGCUGCUGCUGUGGUUCCUGGUGCUGGUGGUGGGUGGCACUGAGCACGUCUUCCGGCCUGGCCGCAGGGUGUGUGCCGUCGGGGCUCCCAGGGGCCCUGAGUCAGAGUCCUUCGUGCAGCGAGUGUACCAGCCCUUCCUCACCACCUGUGACGGGCACCGAGCCUGCAGCACCUACAGGACCAUCUACAGGACUGCCUACCGCCGCAGCCCUGGGCCGGCUGUCCCCAGGCCCCGCUACGCCUGCUGCCCGGGCUGGAAGAGGACCAGCGGGCUCCCCAGGGCCUGCGGAGCAGCGAUAUGCCGGCCACCGUGCCAGAAUGGAGGGACCUGCGUCCAGCCAGGCCGCUGUCACUGCCCUGCAGGAUGGCAGGGUGACACCUGCCAGACAGAUGUGGAUGAGUGCAGGGCUGGACAGGGUACCUGUCCCCAGUACUGCGUCAACACUGCGGGCAGUUACUGGUGUCGGUGUCGGGAAGGGCACGGCCGGUCUGCAGAUGGCGUGCUCUGCCUGCCCAAGACAGGGGCCCCCAGGGUAGCCCCGAACCCCACAACAGGGCUAUGCCGCCACACUCUGCGAGGCCGAGAGGCCUCGGCAUGGGGACCAGAAGCCAGCCUGGGGUGUGGGCCUGGGAGCCCGGCCUGCCUGACUCAGGGCUGGGUUCUCCCCAGGCGAGGACAGCGCCGUCGAGGAGGAAGUGCAGAGACUCCGGUCACGGGUGGACAUCCUGGAGCAGAAGCUGCAGCUCGUGCUUGCCCCACUGCACAGCCUGGCCUCGAGGGCCCUGGAGCAUGGGCUCCCAGACCCCAGCAGCCUUCUGGCUCACUCCUUCCAGCAGCUGGACCGCAUCGACUCUCUGAGCGAGCAGAUCUCCUUCCUGGAGGAGCAGCUGGGGUCCUGUUCCUGCAAGGAGGAGCUGUGACAGGUGGCCCGCGUCCUUGGCUCUGGCUACUGAGAGCCUCGCCCGCUGUGCUAAGUCAGGCAGGAGGGGGGUUUCGAGCCAAGGCAGGGUGGGAGGAGGGGUCCUCCUCGGUGUGAUCCUGCCGCAGCCGUGCCAGCAGCAGGGAGCAGGCCCGUGGCUGGGGUUGGGGAGGCAUGAGGGUCUCGCUCGCUGGGCAGCGUAUUGGGGGACUGCUCAUCUGUGUCAAAAUAAAACGAGGUUCAGGA